UGAACUGACUUCGGAAUCUCUGCGGGGAGCGAGGAAGGGGGCGGGGGCCUGCAGCUCUCACGCCCUCCGGCAGCGACGCGGGCGCGCGGGUGGGAGAGCCCUUUUGUGUACCUAGGAUCCGGGAAACGAAACCGAGAGCGUGUCCGCACCUCGGAGGUUCUCGGCAGCGCGGAGCACCUGCAGCCCCAGAACUCUAUAAAUCAUGGAAAAGCAAACUCAGGUGGGGAGUGGCAGCGGUGGGCAAAGCCUUGAGAGCUAGAGAACUAGGAACUAGGCCACUCGAAGUCAACAAACAAGGGAAUGGUUGGGAUGGAAUGACUUUUGUGGUAUUUGAGAGAUCUGCAAUCAGUCAGGACGGACAAAUGAAUGCUCCUCACCCAGGAACGAAUUUACCACCUGACUAUCCCCCUCAAUAUCCUUCAGCAACACUCCAAGGACCUCCAGGACAUACUGGCUACCCUGGCCCCCAGGUUGGCUACCCUGGCCCCCAGGUUGGCUAUCCUGGCCCCCAGGUUGGCUAUCGUGGCCCCCAGGCUGGCUUUCCUGGCCCCCAGGCUGGCUACUCAAUUCCACCAGCUGGUUAUUCAGGUGCUGGCCCAGUAGGGUUUCCUGUCCAACACCAGCCUGUGUAUAAUCAGCCAGGUGGACCUGCAGGGGUACCAUGGAUGCCAGCACCACCACCUCCAUCAGGCUGUCCACCCGGAUUGGAAUAUUUAAGUCAGAUAGAUCAGAUACUGGUUCAUCAGCAAAUUGAGCUUCUGGAAGUCAUAACAGGUUUUGAAACUAAUAACAAAUAUGAAAUUAAGAACAGCUUUGGACAGAAGAUUUACUUUGCAGUAGAGGAUACAGACUGCUGUACCCGGAAUUGCUGUGGGGCUUCUCGGCCUUUUACCAUGAGGAUUAUUGAUAAUAUGGGCCAAGAAGUUAUAACUCUGGAGAGACCACUAAGGUGUGACAGCUGUUGUUGCCCUUGCUGCCUUCAGGAGAUUGAAGUCCAUGCUCCUCCUGGUGUACCUGUAGGUUAUGUUACUCAGACCUGGCAUCCAUGCCUGCCAAGGUUUACAAUUCAAAAUGAGAGGAGAGAGGAUGUACUAAAAAUUAUUGGUCCAUGUGUUGUGUGCAGCUGUUGUGCAGAUGUUGAUUUUGAGAUUAAAUCUCUUGAUGAAGAAACUAUAGUUGGCAAGAUUUCCAAGCAGUGGACUGGUUUUGUGAGAGAGGCAUUUACAGAUGCUGAUAACUUUGGUAUCCAGUUCCCUUUAGACCUUGAUGUGAAAAUGAAAGCUGUAAUGCUUGGUGCAUGUUUCCUCAUUGAUUUCAUGUUUUUUGAAAGGAGUGGAAACACAGAAUAAAAAGAAGGAGUGUGGUAGGGGAUCAAUGAAAGCCUCAGAAAGUGUGAAGUCUGUGUACUUACUGGGACUUUGUCAAAGAAAAACUAAUUGGUUUUCUCUUUAUUGAAAUGACUUCUAGCAUUUGUGAAUUCUACUGUGAUGCCUGGUAUAUGCGAUGACUUUUCAAAUUAUAGAGUUUAUUUUCUAUAUCACUUACCUAUAAAUGUUUUUAUGCAUUUUGUUUUGUUUUAUACAUUUUCUUUUUCUUGUGUAUUUUAGAGAAAGGACAUGUUAAUUUUUUACAUUUAAUCAUGAAACUUCCUGUGGCAAAUUGUUCUGAACUACAAUCUAUUUUCAAAUUUUACACGAAAUUAAGUCCUUAUUAAUUUUAAAAUAUAAAUGUGCAUUUUAUUAAAUAUGGUUCCAAUUUAUUUCACACAUAACAGUCAUGUUAUUUUCCAAAUAAUGUAUGUUCAAACAAGUUAAAAAUGAAUAUAAUUUGUUUCCUUUACAAUUAUGUUAAACUAACACUUAAUAUUCAUAUUACCAAAGAAAAAUAAAACAUGUAUGUGUCUUUUGUUCAGCAAGUCACAGUAUAUGAAACUUCUUUUGUAAGCUAAUCUGCUACUAUAAAAAAAUUUUCAUUAUUGAUAAGAAAAUAAAUUACUGAUUUUUUUAUGAUUUUCUGAAAAAGACAUGUCCUAAAGAAGGACACAUUUAAAAAUUCAUUAUAGAACUGGAGGAUUGUUAUAAUUUUUGAAGUAAUUAUUUACACAUGGAAUGUUUAGCUCCUGUAUUCAUUCUGUCUUUCACAGAGCAUGAUAGUUAGGAGAGCACUCAGGUAUUAAAUAGAACGUAUAUAUUCCAUCUGAGUAGAAACUGCAGUAACUGUCUGUUAUUUACAUGAACAAUCAAACAACUGAAUUAAAAAUUAUUGAUAUA